AUGGAAGUUGGUCUCAUCAACACUUUGGUCCUGGUUUAUGAUUCUAUGUAUCAUUGCUUCACUUUCCCGGAUUAUCAUCUUAUUCCCACUUUAGAGGAUAAUUCUUAUUUGGUUGAUUUGUCCAUUUCUAAUCAGAUUCCAUUUUUUGGUUUAGAAGAAGAUCUAAAGCCUCUUGAUAUUGCCAAAGCUCUUCAUUUGAAGAAAUCCGAGAUUGAAGCUCAUAUGACUUCUAAGAGUGGUAUUCGAGGGAUUCCUGCCAAGUUCUUGAUAGGAAAAGCUCACUAUUUUGAUGGUAUGAGGAGUAUGGGCACAUUCGAGGCUAUCUUCGCUCUGCUCAUUUAUGGAUUGGUUUUGUUCCCCAAUGUUGAUAACUUCAUUGACAUUAAUGCCAUAAAUAUAUUCUUGAUUGGAAAUCCAGUUCCAACCCUUCUUGGAGACACUUAUUAUUCUAUUGACCAUAAGACUUCGAAGAGUGGGGGAAUGAUUAUUUGUUGCACGCCUUUGUUUUGUGGUGAGUUUCCCAAUGUACAUCUUAUUGGUACAAAGGGAGGCAUUAACUACAACCAAGUUUUGGCGCGCUGUCAGUUUGGGUAUGCUAUGAGGGGUAAACCAAACAAGAAUUGGUUGAGUAGUUUCUAUCUCAAGGAAAAUGAAGAUAAUAGAGCUUUCAAGGAGAAGAUUGUUCUUGCUUGGUAUAAUAUUCGUAGGAAGGGAAGAUAA